ACUUAUUCACAUAUUUUCACAAUAUACGGAAUAAUAAACAUUGUCGUUGUUUUCAGAUAGAUGACGACUAUAAACUGAAAAGUUUUUAGCUGGUGAAAUAAGAUUAAACAUGAAUUCUACAUUUCCCUAUGUUCAUAGUUGUGAUCUUAAUCAAAAGUUACAGAUAAAAAUAGGUACCCUAGAAGGGGAACGACAAGCCCAUCCGUAUGAAAAGUUGCUACAGCAGCCAAUUCUGAAAUUUUCUGGACUGAAUUCAGAAAAAUGUCCUCCACUCAAAGUGAGCGUCCAAAUUUACGACGAGGGUAAACCAGUUGGCCUCCCAGUAACAUCGUCUUAUAAGAGCUUCUUGACCAGAUGGAAUUGGAACGAAUGGUUGACCUUGCCAAUACUGUUCAGUGAUCUAUCCCGUAAGUCAGUGCUAGCUAUCACAAUAUAUGACUGUGCGUGGAACCAUAAUGAUGCCACAAUUGUUGGGGGAACAUCCAUAUCUUUGUUUGGGAAAACAGGGGUAUUCCGACAGGGUUUGUAUGAUCUGAAAAUUUGGACUGAGGUGGAAGCUGAUGGGAACUAUCGUUCCAAAACUCCCGGAAAAUGUAGCGAUUUCUACAACAAUCAGAUGCAGCGGCUGUCCAAGCUGGCAAAGAAGCAUAGAAAUGGGCAAAUUGAAAAGGUAGAUUGGUUGGACCGUCUAACGUUCAGAGAAGUUGAGCUCAUCAACGAAAAAGAGAAAAGGGAUUCACAGUUUCUCUACUUGAUGGUGGAAUUUCCACAACUGACAAUUGGCGAUAAAACGUGCUCUGUCGUGUACUACGAACCGGAUGGUGAUAGCAAAUUCCUUUUUGUUUCCAAGCCAAAGUUAGUUACUGUUCCAGAUACUGAAACUUUACAGGAGAACUUAGUUGAACGAAAACAUCAUCGUUUAUCAAGAUCAGCAAGAUCUGGACUAUCCGAUCGAGAUGCGAAGCCAACAGCGAGUGUACGGGAUUUGCUGCAUUCUAUAGUGCAUCGGUAUUCUCCAACAUCCACUCUAAGUAGCGAGGAACAGGACUUGAUUUGGAAGUAUCGUUUUUACUUGAGUGCUCAGAAGAAAGCUUUGACCAAGUUUUUGAAAUGCAUCAACUGGGAAACUGGGACGGAAGUACGACAAGCCUUGGCUCUGCUGGCCAAAUGGGCUCCAAUGGACGUGGAAGACGCACUAGAACUACUGAAUUCAUCGUUCAACCAUCCUACUGUGAGACGUUAUGCUAUAUCCCGAUUGGAUCAGGCACUGGACGAUGACUUGUUACUCUAUUUGCUGCAACUCGUACAAGCGCUCAAAUAUGAACAUUUUGAUGAAAUUCUUAAAUCUUGCAAUAAUCUUGCAUUGGAAAAAGACAUGCUGAAAUCAGUAGAAGAAAAUCCAGUGGAAACAAAUUUUGAAGUGUUUACUGAAUCAGAUGAGGGUAAUUCUAUGUAUCAGGACGCAGCUCACGAUAUAAUAGGAUCCAAAUCAAUGAGUCAAACCGAUAAUAACUCGAAUGCAAAUGAGUCGAACGUAAAUAGCAGUGAGGAUGCACAAGUACCUUCAAAUUUGGCCAUGUUUCUCAUUCAAAGGGCAUGUAAAAAUUCUACAUUGGCAAAUUAUUUGUAUUGGUACCUGUCGAUAGAAUGCGAGGAAGAAACAGUAAGGAAACAAGAUGAACGCGUUAGGAAAAUGUACCGCACAGUUCUACAUAUAUUUCUACGGCAGCUUUCUACAGGAAACCCCGAACUGAGGACUAUACAUCGUAGCUUGAAGGAGCAACAGAAAUUCAUCGAUAAUCUGGUGAAACUCAUAAAAAUUGUCGCAAAAGAACCGGGUAACCGAAAGAAAAAGACGGAAAAAUUCCAAAUGUUGCUCUCCGACACCGAUGCGUUGAAAAUCAAUUUCACCAAAUUUGAGCCCCUAUCCUUUCCGCUGGAUCCUAAUGUCCGAAUUCGUGGCAUAAUUGCCGAAAAAGUCACUCUUUUCAAGAGCGCCUUGAUGCCCUCAAAGUUAACAUUCCUAACUACGGGACCGUCUGAAUAUGUAGCGAUCUUCAAGCACGGUGACGAUCUACGGCAGGAUCAGUUGAUACUGCAAAUGAUUACUCUGAUGGAUAAAUUGCUACAGAAAGAAAACCUAGAUCUGAAACUAACGCCUUAUCGCGUCCUGGCCACCAGUUCCAAGCAUGGAUUCAUGCAGUACAUAGAUUCCAUCACGGUCGCCGAAGUUCUCAAUGCUGAAGGAAGCAUUUUGAACUUUUUCCGCAAGCAUCACCCGUGCGAAACAGGACCCUAUGGAAUUGUGGCUGACGUAAUGGAGACGUACAUUAAAAGCUGUGCCGGCUAUUGUGUGAUAACUUAUUUAUUAGGUGUGGGUGAUCGUCAUUUGGACAAUUUGCUGCUGACGAAUUCCGGAAAGUUGUUCCACAUUGAUUUCGGGUAUAUACUGGGAAGAGACCCGAAACCGAUGCCGCCGCCGAUGAAGCUUAGCAAAGAAAUGGUAGAAGCGAUGGGUGGAUUGAACUCCGAGUACUAUCAAGAAUUUAGGAAGCUGUGCUACACCGCUUUCCUCCACCUGCGCAGACACGCCAACGUGAUGUUGAAUCUUUUCGGGCUGAUGGUAGAUGCGUCCAUUCCGGAUAUCGCUUUGGAACCCGACAAGGCGGUUAAGAAGGUAGAAGACAAUUUACGUUUAGAUUUAUCUGACGAGGAAGCUGUGCAGCAUUUACAAAAUCUACUUGACCUCUCGAUAACAGCUGUGAUGCCAGCUUUAGUUGAACAGAUUCACAAAUUAGCACAGUAUUGGAGGAAAUAAUUUUAUUGCAAAAGUUAUAUGCAAUUCCACACGACACACUUAUCUGCAUGUUUAUUGAUCUAUGAAAAUAUAUAGACAGAAGAUAUAUACCUAUCUUUGAAAA